GGCGCAGAAUAUUGGUUUGGCUGGCUUGGAUUUAAAGUGAUAGAAGCUGUUGAAGCCCUACAAGACGGUCCCCCCAAUCCCCCCCUCAAGUCCUUGGGACCAUUUGGGUCCCCAGAACUGGGGAGAUGGUUUGCGGAGGAUUUGCCUGUUCCAAGAAUGCUCUGUGCGCUCUCAACGUGGUUUAUAUGCUCGUGGGCUUACUGCUCAUUGGCGUGGCGGCCUGGGGCAAGGGCCUGGGUCUGGUGUCCAGCAUUCACAUUAUCGGAGGAGUCAUUGCCGUGGGGGUCUUCCUGCUCCUCAUUGCGGUGGCAGGACUAGUGGGUGCCGUGAACCACCACCAAGUGUUGCUGUUCUUUUACAUGAUCAUCCUUGGUUUGGUCUUCAUCUUCCAGUUCGGAAUCUCCUGCUCAUGCCUGGCUAUUAACAGAAGCAAACAGGCAGAUGUCAUCAAUGCUUCUUGGUGGGUCAUGAGCAACAGUACCCGGCAUGAAUUCGAGAGAAGUUUUGACUGUUGUGGCUUGUUCAACCUUACAACCCUGCACCUACAAGAGGACUCCUGCACAGCUAUGUGCAAGACCAGGAGCUCUACCUGCCAGAUGUGUGGGGAGAAGUUCCUCAAACAUUCAGACAAAGCCCUGAAAAUCCUUGGCGGCGUUGGACUCUUCUUCAGCUUCACAGAGAUCCUUGGUGUUUGGCUAGCAAUGAGAUUCCGGAACCAAAAAGACCCUCGAGCCAACCCCAGUGCCUUUCUAUGAGACUCUGACCUCCCCAUAGGGUCUCUGCAGCCUAGGCUGGUCUCAAGCUUGCUAUACAGUCAAGGAUGGCCUUGAGUUCUGGAUUCUCCUGCCUCGG